AAUUAGAGCAGGGAAUGUUGUUGUGAUGCUCGUGAGCGGAGAUUAGUCCGUAAGCUCUAGUUGCUGUAUCCUUUUCCACUUCAGCUAAUACCGUAGCUCCGCCUGCCCUACUGCAGCGUCGUUAGCUUGAAAGCUCAGGAAAGCGAAGGCUCGUAUUGAAUCGUCGAGCGAAGGCUUUCAAGCAAAAGCUUGAAACUUCCAUUCGCAAGCAAGAACGGCGAGCGCGUUGAGUCGUCGAUUCGUCAGUCCCUGAACUCCUCUCGAUUUUCGCCUUUUCAGCUUUUCCCGUCAACCAUUUCUGUGCACCGACUGGUGAAUACGAUAUGGCAGACCGGCAUAGUCUUGUGAAACCAGUUUACCGUGCUCUGGUUGCCGCGACGAAACGGCUCGCAUCGGAAAUCGAGCGGCACAAGACGAACGACGUCUUCUCUCUGUCCGAGGUGUCAUGGCUGCAGGACAACACGCCCGGCGCUCUACGAGCCAUCAAUCGCGGGAGAGACGCGUCCCUGGCGCUGCUACGGCAGGAAUUCAGAAUACCGCUCGCGGGAGAGCCGGGCUCCGUGCAAGCCCAGGAGGACUCGGGUCAACGGCUGGAUCAAGCCCUGUCGCUGCUGGCUGUGCUGAAUCGACGGCUGGCAGUGCUGCAGACGCACUCUGCGUCUGAUCACAGCGACAAUACGAGCCAUGGCGUGCGCGUGGAGGUGCAGAGCAAGUUCCAAGUCAUGGACCAGAUCCACUUCGGCGCGCUCUACCACUACAGAGUGCGCAUUCGCAACGAGGGGGUGAACGAGCCCGUGCAGCUGGUCAGCAGGCAGUGGGUCAUCAAGGACUUCGACGGGAACAUUCAGGAGGUGAUUGGUCCUGGCGUGAUUGGCAAGCAGCCCAUCUUGGAUCUUGGGUCGGAGUUUGAGUACAUGAGCUAUACGCCCUUGCCGUCCAAGCGGGGCACCAUGCACGGCAGCUUCCUCAUGCUCGCAUGCAACUCCAACCGGCUGUUCGACGUGCAAGUGGGGCCGUUUGGACUCAUCCCCCCUCCCCGUCCUCACGACGCCUUGGGGGUUAUGAAAGGGCAGUCUCUCACAGAGGCCUAGAUGAUGAUGAGGAGGAGACGGCCGUAGGGUCUCAUAGGCUCAAGCGUGCACUCUUUGUACAGGCAUCAUGCCUUUUUAAACGCUGCUUUGUGCCCGUUUGUAUAGUUUGAAGUGCAGUGCUUGCAUCCAGCAACAGGGGAGCUGAUGCGUUAUCUACAGGCAGAAAGGAACUUGCUUGUCUAGUCAGUGUUCCAUGGGUCCAAAUAUUAACAAGCAAUAAUUCUUAGAACUGAAG